AGUACAUUUUGUAGUGAAGAACCAGGGUUGGUUUACGGAUUUUGGCCGUUUCGCCAUCUGGUAACACUGACCAGUUUCUCAUCGUUAAAAAAUCCAUUUGGAAUUCGGUUUAUUUAAUUAAAAGCAGCCGCGACACCUAUGCGAAGGGCAAAAAGCGGCCAGAGUUGUUGUUGCUGCUGCUGCCCAGCCGCCGUGCGAUCGAUCGGGUCUGGCGGCCCCAACUAAAUAAUGUGGAACAUGAUGUGCGACGUAAUGCCCACGAUAUCCGAGGAUAGCAUCUCGCAGCGCUCCUCGCAGUUCAGCGGGGAGGAUGCCAACUUUGAGCAGCUGAUGGUCUCCAUGCUGGACGAGCGGGACAAGCUGAUGGACAGCCUGAGGGAGGCGCAGGAGCGGCUUAACGAGACGGAGAACAAGCUGCGUGACGUCGAGAAGGAGCGGGACAGCCUGCAGCGCCAGAUUAAUGCUAAUCUGCCGCAAGAGUUUGCCACCCUGACCAAGGAGCUGACGCAGGCGCGGGAGACCCUUUUGGAACGAGACGAGGAGAUCGGGGAGCUCAAGGCGGAGCGGAAUAAUACCAGGCUGCUCCUCGAACAUCUGGAGUGCUUGGUGUCCCGCCACGAGCGUUCCCUGCGAAUGACCGUUGUGAAGCGACAAGCUGCCGCCCAGAGCGGCGUCUCCAGCGAGGUGGAAGUGCUUAAGGCGCUAAAGUCGCUGUUCGAGCACCACAAGGCGCUGGACGAGAAGGUGCGCGAGCGGUUGCGGCUUUCCAUUGAGAAGAACAACAUGAUGGAGGAGGAACUCAGCUCCGCCAAGGAGGAACUGGCCCAGUAUAAGGCGGGCGUGGUGCCAGCUGGCGUGGGCAGUGGCAGCGGAGCAGGGAGUGCCGCAUCCACCGCCGGAGGUGGGGGCGCCGAGAAUGGGCUCAAAGAGAAGAUGGCGGGCGUGGGCGGAUCUGGUGGCGUUAAUGGCGAAGCAAAUGAGCUGAACGACUACGCAGCCAAGACCCACGAGCUGCAAACGAUCAUCGAGAAGCAGACCUCGGAACUUUCGCAAUGGCAGCGACGCGUUUCUGAUCUGAACAACAAGAUCAGUGAGCUUGAGGAGAACAUGUCGCGAGUGCAAAAGGAACACUGCAAGGCCCAAGACCAGUGUUCCAAGCUGCAGCGGGAUCUGCGCGAGAAUGUGGCCCAGAAAGAGGAUCAGGAGGAGCGCAUUACCACAUUGGAAAAGCGAUACCUGAAUGCUCAGAGGGAGUCAACAUCGUUGCAUGAUCUUAACGAGAAACUCGAGCAGGAACUCCGGCAUAAAGAGGCGCAGCUCAAGCUGCACGAGGAGAAGAUCGGGGCCAUCGAGGAGAAGCUGGAGCUCUCCGAACAAAAGCUCGCCCAGCACGCCAAGCUGCAGCCCGACAUGGAGGAGCAGCUGAAGGCACGCAUGGAGGCAUUGACUAAGGUAGGAAACAAGGCUCAAGAAAGACACGGUUCUGCAGAAGACCGCAUCCGGGGACUGGAGACGAACCUCGACGAGAAGACCAACGAGGUGGUAAGACUGAACCAGCGUCUGAAGAUGAACGAGGAGCACAACCUACGGCUUUCCUCCACGGUGGAUAAGCUGCUCUCGGAGUCAAACGAGCGUCUGCAAGUGCACCUGAAGGAGCGCAUGCAUGCGCUGGACGAGAAGAACGCCCUUACCCAGGAACUGGAGAAGGCGCGUAAGGUGGCCGAGGAGCUACACCACGAGAAGAGCGAGAUCAUGAAGGAGCUGUCGAAGACGCGGCUGGAGAUCGAGAACUUCAAGCGUCAGCUGCUGCAGCAGGAGAUCGCCUACAACAUCCAGCAAACGGAGGCGCUCACCCGGAGCCUUUCGCCCAGUAGCGUAGUGGACCCCAGUGGCGCCUUUAGUCGGAGCAACUCGCACGCCAGCUUUGAGACGCACUCCCUGCGCCGCCAGAGCAAACAGCGACUAUCCGAGGAGAACGCCCUGGUCCGCUCCAUGGCCGAGCAGGAGUGGGAAAAGCUGCAGCAGGCGGCGCAUGCGCAGCAGCAGGCCUACGAGCUGGCCAGCGCUGCGGAUUGCGAUGACUCUGAUGUCCUGUACGCAGCGGCCACGGACAUGAUGUCUCCGUCGGGCCACACAGAUGCCCAGACGUUGGCCAUGAUGCUGCAGGAACAGUUGGACGCCAUUAACAAUGAGAUUCGCCUGAUCCAGGAAGAAAAGCAGUCAACAGAGGCGCGGGCCGAGGAACUGGAGUCGCGUGUCGGCAGUCUGGAGCACGUAAACCUGUUGGCUCGCGGUCGCUCCAUGGACAGGCAGAGUCCGCCAAUGAGUGGCCGAAGCACGCCCAACAGUCCGCAACGGGAUUUCAUGCAGAAGUAUCACACGCUCAACUUGCCCGUGCUGUCCAGCGAUGCCUCUCGGGAAGAGCUUCACGGCGGCAUGUCCACCACAGGUGAUUCGAGUUCCGGCGGAGCGGCCUCUCCACUGACCGCCCGCUCCAUGCGCCUGGAGCGUGUGGCCCAGGCCUUGGCCCACAGCCAGGAGGAGCUAAGGCGGCGUUCCAUUGGCCUUAAUCCCAAUGCUUCAAUGCCACCCAACCACACUGGCGGUCAUAUGCCCCUGAGCAGCCACAGUUACGGUCUGUCACCGCUUAGCUCUCGUUACGGCAGCCAGGAGUCACUGCGUCACUACAACACAAUGGGAUCUAUGUCCAUGCUGCAGGCACCUACUUCGGGCGUGUCCAGGGAAGCGGCAGCCGCUGCUGUCCAGAAGAAGAAGGGCAUUAAGUCUUCGCUGGGUAGGUUCUUUAGCAAAAAGGAGAAGGUCAAGGGCGUUAAGGAUACGCUGCCCGACGGCUCGCCCAGCAUGAUGUCCAUUGGCAACCUGUCGAUUGGACUGAGCGAGGUGGACUCCAACUACGAUGCUAUGAGCAUGACUGGCGGAAUGAUGCCCCGCAUUGCCAGCUCCCAGGGAUCCAAAAUAAGCAGCGUUGAUUACGGCAGGCAGAAGAAGGAGCAUGAUUACCGCAAUGACUUGCUGGGGGAGGCCAUGAAGGCGGGCACUCCGUUUGCCCUGUGGAAUGGCCCCACCAUAGUCGCCUGGUUGGAGCUGUGGGUGGGCAUGCCAGCCUGGUAUGUUGCCGCCUGUCGAGCCAACGUCAAGUCCGGGGCCAUCAUGAGCGCGUUGAGCGAUACGGAAAUUCAGCGGGAGAUUGGCAUCAGCAAUCCCUUGCACAGGCUCAAACUUCGGCUGGCCAUUCAGGAAAUGGUUUCACUGACCUCUCCCUCGGCGCCACAAACCUCUCGCACCACUCUGGCAUUUGGCGAUAUGAACCAUGAGUGGAUCGGUAACUAUUGGUUGCCAGGCCUUGGCCUGCCCCAAUAUCGCACAACCUUUAUGGAGUGUCUGGUGGAUGCCCGGAUGCUGGACCACCUCACCAAAAAGGACUUGCGUGGUCAGCUCAAAAUGGUGGAUAGUUUCCAUCGCACCAGCCUGCAGUACGGCAUAUCGAUGCUCAAGCGCCUUAACUACGAUCGCACGGAGUUGGAGCACAGGCGCAAGAUGAGUGAAAACGGCCUGUGUGACGUACUAGUCUGGAGCAACGAGAGAGUCAUCCGAUGGGUGGGCAGCAUCGGAUUGAAGGAAUAUGCUAAUAACUUGCUCGAAUCGGGAGUGCAUGGAGGAUUGAUGGCCCUGGACGAGGGCUUCGAUGCGAAUGCCAUGGGCUUGGCCCUUCAAAUACCCACACAAAAUGCUCAGGCUCGCCAAAUACUUGACACGGAGUUCAAUAAUCUGCUGCAGAUUGCCACAGAUCGCAGGCCGGAGAACGAGCAGCGCAGUGCUUCCUGAUGCAGCUACAGUCCGCCCACGUCCUCGGUGGAUGAGUGAGCACCAGCCAAGGAGGGCAGGACAGACAACAGACAACAAAGGCAACUUACAACAAUAAUAACGUAAAGACCAGGGGCAAAGUUUCCUAAGCAGCAACAGCAACCGUAACGACGAGCAGAACUAGAAGAGAUGAAUGAAAAUGCUAGCAAGCAACUAAGCCACAAAAAAUCUAACAAGAAAGACGCAACGCAAGAGACUCCCCAGCAUGAUGCACGUCUAAUCCACAUAUUUAAUAUAUAUAAAUACACGCAUAGUCACAUAAUCCAUAACAAGACAAUGUAUACAAGACAUAGCACAUACUCUACAUAGGGCAUACGUAGUUGCAUUGGCGCCAAGUCGCUGCCGCUGCCAGGCGUGUACAAGUUUUAGAAGCUAAUCAGUUUUCGAUUGUGAAAUUAUUAUUGUAUUUUUUUAUAUAGUAUAAUUGGGCUUGCAAUAGACUAACAGUAUUUUGUUUUAGAUGAUGCAGAGGUGGAAAGAGAUGACAGCGUGCUUCGAACCAAAUUCGUAACCAAACUUGUUUGUUAUAUAAUUUUUAUGGCAUUUGUACAGUUAUUAAUUUAAUACAAUUUUAAUUUCUUUAAAAUUAAAUCAACUAACAUACGCUUUACAUAUGACAUUAUCGUGUUUCUGUUUAGAUUUUUGUAGAAGGCAGAGACGGCGUACCAAUUGAGUUUAUAAACUGAACAACAUGCACAACAAUCAGGCAUACAUAUAUAGAGUAACAGCUGCAUAUAUAUACGAUUUAUACAUUAUAAUGAAUCAUAAAUCUAAUAAUUAAACAUUAUGAAGCAUACGUGUAACUAACAACAAAGUAUUAAAUGUGAAGUAAACAAAAGGGGAACGGAAGUUGUAGAAGUCGCAAGCGCCCAUUGAAAUCAACUAUUUACAUAAUUACAUAUACGAGAUCAUUUAGUCGAAAAAUCGAAAAAGCUUUAAAGGCGAACUAAACCUAAACCAAAACUCAAAUCUUAGCCUUCGCUUAAGCCCCGAAUAAGAGAAUUUCUUUGCUCAUUGGCUGAAGAGAAUUAGAAUUUCAAUAAAGAAUUAAUCUUAAAAUACUUUAAAGGAUCUAUUUACAAAAUCUAAAAGCAUAUCCAUUGUUUUUCAAAACAAAUAUACACACCCUUCAUAAAACUCGUUUACGUGGUUACUUCAGUUCAGUUUCAAGAGCGGCCAGUUGAAUCAUGAAACAAUUUCUUCAAUUUAUGUGUAAAUCCCCCAUUAAUACACUAACCUAUUUAAGUUUUGCAUGUACUUACUUUCCCUUUAUACGUUAAAGCACACAAACUGCCACAUAACAACACGUAUAUAGCAUCUGAAAAAGUUGGUUUUAGAGUCUUUACGUACAUUAAGUUUAAGUUUAUUCUUAUUUGUACAAAAAACCAAAAUUGCAACUAACGCUUGUCCUUAAGUUGAAAUAGAGAAAAAUACAAGAAUCAGUAAAAAUGAAUACCAUAUGCUUAAAUUAAUUUAUAAAACUAAAAUAUAUAUAUUAUAAAAUACUAACAAGAGGAAAAUACUUAAUAAAAUUAUUUCAACUGUAUUAGCAAAUUAAAAAAGAAUUACAAAUGUGUAAGGAAACUUAUAAAAGCUCUUAAAACUGAAAACUUAUUUAUGAAUGUAACUGUAGCAUUAUCUAAGUAAAACCGAGAGUAAAGCAAAUAUUUAUGAUGUGUAACCUUAAUUGACUAACUAAAUCCACAAUAUGUAUGUUGAUUUGAACAAGGAUUGGUUUAAUUGUUGACUUUUGUUGAGUAUUCCACAAAAGGAAGUUUAUAAAUGAGCGUAACUAAACUAAAUGCAUAACCUAAAUAUAAAAUUGAUUACCAUACACUUAUGUAAAUAUAUUUAUACAAUAUUGUGAACAUGAAAAUUGAAUGCAAUACAAGCAAAUUAGGUAAAAAUUCCGGUUAGGAGUUUUUUAUAUGUACCAUAUAUAUUUGAAA